AUGAAGCUAGAAGAGACUCUAGCUCAAUUUAUGCAAGUGCCAAUGUCUAACCAAAAGAGCACAGAGUCUGCAAUUAAGAAUCUGCAAGUUCAAGUAGGCCAGCUUGCAAAGCAGUUAGCUGAAAGACCAUCCAACAGCUUUACAUCAAACACAGAGAAAAAUCCUAAGGAAGACUACAAAGCAAUGAUAACUAGAAGCAGAAUGGUGAUUCAAGUUGAGGAAAUUGAACUUGAAGAAAGUGUUGAGGAAGCAGAAGGUGUUGAAGAAGAAGACAAAGUUGUUGAAUGCAAAGAGGUACCUUAUCCAUUGGUACCCUCCCGGAAAGAUAAAGAGCGACAUUUAGCCAGAUUUCUUGAUAUCUUCAAGAAACUAGAAAUUACUUUGCCUUUUGGAGAAACACUUCAACAAAUUCCCCUCUAUGCCAAAUUUUUGAAGGAUAUGCUAACCAAGAAGAACCAGUACAUCCAUAGUGACAGAAUUAUGGUGGAAGGUAACUGUAAUGUUGUUAUUCAACGCAUUCUUCCACCCAAGCACAAAGAUCCUGGAGUUGUCACGAUACCGUGUUCUAUCGGCGAGGUUGCAUUAGUUGACCGCUUCAUCACAAGGCCAUAUGGAGUCAUUGAAGAUGUUUUGGUGAAGGUUAAGCACCUUAUAUUUCCAACUGAUUUCAUAGUCAUAGAUAUAGAAGAGGAUGUUGACAUUCCUCUCAUUCUUGGCCGCCCAUUCAUGUCUACUGCAAGGUGCAUGGUAGACAUGGGAAAGAAGAUGUUGCAGAUGGGCAUAGAAGAUCAAAAGAUCAACUUUGAUUUGUUCCAUGAGGACAAAGAUCCACCUAGCCAAAAUGUCUGUCUGAAAGUGCAUGUGAUGGAGGAAAAGAGACCUGAGAAGAAGGUCCUUGAAGUAGGAACUUUGUUAGAUCAUGGAUAA